AUGGCCUUCUUCCCUCAACUCACUCCAUCCCGCACCGAUACCCCCCAAACUGCAUUGUUCUCCACAAACUCAAGAGGCAUGGGGAUGGGUGGCAGUAGUACCAAACAGAAAAAGAAAAACAAGAGCAAAAAGGGUGGAACUAAUAGUAAAGGAAUGGGAAAUAAAAAUAAUGGCAACAACAAGAACAAGAGCAAACAAUCCACUCCCUUUGAUGCCGGUGCCUCGCUGUCUCGUUCCGAAAAGAAAUACGAAGAGCUCCAACAGGCAUCCGCUCGCGCAUUACACGGCGACUCUGAUGAUACUACCCCUGAUAAUAACAACAAUUUGGUGUCCGAAAUGGUCGUGGCGGUCAAGGCCGUCAAUUCCAAGAUUGCCGGAACAUCAGAUUGGGUACCCGUGGCACAGUUGUGUUUGCAGCCUCAUACCGAAGUCAGCAGCGAAGCGGUACAGGCGGCCAUUUCCCUCUAUUGUCGAGAACUCUCCUUUGCCGCCACACUGGGGGCCAAAAUGUUUAGUGGUGUCCCACGCAAUCAACUCCAAUAUGCCAUUGAACCCGUCGACUCGUUUCAAAAGUUUGUCUACGGUCCUCUCAUGGAACAGCAGGAGCAACAACAAGGUCAAGAAGAGCAACAAGUCAUGACCAAGGCACAAGCACGGCAAAUACUACAAGUCGAUGACGACGAUGACGACAAUACCCCAGAAAACAUGAGAUCACGCAUCAAACAAAGUUAUCGGCGGAAUUCCUUUCAAUGGCAUCCAGAUCGACUGGACGAUCCCACCGAUGCCGACAAGGAGCAUGCCGCACAACAAUACGCCCGGGUCCAAAAAGCCUAUGAAAUCUUGUCUUCCGAUAUUCGAUCGUCGGGAUCCUCCUGGUAUGCCAGUUUGGGAGGCCGGGAACGAACCGAUUUUCGAACCAUUGAAACCUUACUGGGAGGAGAUGCGGCGACGGUCGUGUUGGAACGCCAUAAUGUGCAAAGUGCCGUGGCGGGGUUGGAUCGAGAUUUGGUGCAAGCGUUUGUUACCAGGAAUCAACAAGCAUCCUCGUCUUCGUCCUCCUAA